UCUAGGAAAAAGAAAAAGUAUAAAAAGGGAAGACGACUAGACGCCUCACCUUCAGUCCAUUCUCGUGAGUGUCUUGGAUAACACGCACACAGCCAACCUCCAUCCCUCCAACAAGGGUCGUUCGCCCAACAAGUUUCACUAGUUAUUCCCCGCAAAAACCCGGACUAACAAUGAAAGCGGUACGAGUUCACUCGUUCGGAGGUCCAGAGGUCUUGAAAGUCGAAUCAGAUGUCCCCAUUCCCAUCCACAGCGAGACCCAGGUUCUGGUUCGAGUCGGAUCGGCCGGAGUCAAUCCGGUGGACACUUACAUCCGAAUGGGAUUAUUCGCCCAGUUGCCAACUCUGCCGUACAUCCCUGGACGUGACGGGUCGGGAACAAUCGAAAAAGUCGGUUCCCAAGUGGAAACGCUCAAGGUAGGAGAUCGCGUGUUUUUCUCCGGGGCAAGUGGCUCUUACGCCGAGUACGUUGCUUGUGAAUCGCACUCGGUUUACCACCUGCCAGAACGUCUCUCGUUCGCCCAAGGGGCAGCUCUCGGCGUCCCUUACUUCACCGCUUAUCGCGCAAUCUUUCUCAAAGGAAAGGCCAGGCCCGGCGACCGAGUGUUGGUGCACGGAGCCAGCGGAGCCGUGGGUUUGGCGGCCUGUCAACUGGCCAAAGCGCACGGAAUGACGGUGUGCGGGACGGCCGGCUCCGAGUCAGGAUUGGAACUGGUGAAGAAGAACGGGGCUCACCUUGUGUUCAAUCACAAAGAGAAGGGCUACCUGGAGGAAGCGGCCAAAGCCGUCGGCGGCCAAGGCUUUGACGUCAUCAUCGAAAACGCAUCUGACAUCAAUCUCGACAAGGAUCUGACCGUCGUCGCUCCCAACGCUCGCAUAGUGGUUGUUGGCAAUCGAGGCAGCGUUGAAAUUAGUCCUCGAUACCUGAUGGCAGAAGAGGCUUCCAUCAUUGGCUGCGCUUUAUUUCGAUCGUCUCCGGAAGAAUGGGUAGAGACGGCGGCAGCGGUGGUUUCCGGCUUGGAUGUCGGUUUCCUAUCGCCGUUCGUCGACAAGGAAUACCCGAUGGAAAAUGUACAGGAUUCUCACGCCGACGUCCUCAGUCACGAAGGUGGAUCCCGUGGCAAACUCGUCCUGACCAUCACGAAAUAAAAUUUUGUUAUUUAAAAAAACUUUAUUUGCUUGGAGAUGGCGAAAAAAUGUUUACUUUUUGCUAUUAAAUGGCGGUUUUAAUUUGUUUACGGAAUAAUAAACAUUGGAUGUGGAAAAAUA